AUGGCCAACAAAAUCUUGCAGGAUAACGACCCAGAGGUGACCAAGCGAGAGAAGAAGAAAGACAAGAAGAAGAAGAAGAAGUCUAGUUCUUCUAGUUCAGAGUCCUCAGACGAGUGUGCACAGAUAGGCCUUGAGGAACUGCAGCUACAGUGUGGUCUGAAACCUAAACACUUGGGUUUGCGUGAUCUGGUUCGCAUAGAUGACCUCAAGCCAGAGCAGAUCGUCUACAUCAUCGCACACCCAAGUGCCUCAGCUCCCUUUAUGACGGUGAUGGACCUCUUCGAAAUCGGAGGUGAACUCACGGGACUCAGACGCAAGGAGACACAGAAAACCAAGAAGGGUGAGGGUGAGGCAUCCAAAGCGAAAGAGCUUGCGCAGCAGAUUGAACGUGCUACAGAGAGCAAAUGGAAAGGACGACUGAUCAAGCUGUUGAAGCUUCUUGCGGACAAGAACGGCAAAAGUACCAUGUGCAAUUUUGAGAACCUCCAGUCUCUUCGCACCUCAAUAGUGACGAAGAUACAGAGUCGUAUCAAACAGAACCCAGACUUGGCUGAACUUGCCAGACAGAAAGUGCAGGACUUGAAAGAUGAAGCAACCCAAGAGCUAGAACAAUGGAAUGUCAAGCUUCAAAAGAAAAAACACCGGUCUAUGAAGCAAAUGUUUGGAAUUCCUGAGAUCACCCGAGAUGAAACAGGGAAAAGGAAAAAGGAAGAGGAAUCCUCGGAAGAGGAAAGUGAAAAGAAACCGAAGAAGGCCAUGCCAUCCAAACCUCGAAAGAAGUCGGCCCCCAAGAGCUCUUACUCUUCUUCUGGUUCGGAACAUGAGGAUGAGAGAGAUAAUGACAAUCAAGACAGUGGGGCUGAGGAAAAAGAGUCACAACAGGAAAGCAGCAAAGGAAAAGGUGAAACACAGAAAGCAGAAACUGAUGAGGACCUGUUCCAGACACCCCGGUUUAGGAAACCCAGUGAUGCAGCCCCGACGCCCGAAGAGAACGUUUCCGAUGACCUUCAAGAGAUGUUGACACAGCCCAUGGAGGAGCAGUUCAAAAACACCUCGGACCAAAAGCUGUUCCUCAAGAUCCUCGUUGCCAUGGACCUGAAGAACCCCACGGGAUUCUUGUGUUGCCUUGGGGAUUUUCGAAAGGUGCAGACAGAGCCACUGGAAAAGGUGAAUUGCAAGUUGCUUUUGAACCGAACCCCCCAAAGCUCAGCUUUGUUCAAGCAGCUUACCUUUCAUGGGAAGAUGGCUUCAGUGGCAAUCAUUAAGGAUGUCCUGCUGCACUUGGACGACUACGCAGAUAUCUCCGACGUAUCACGUGAACUUGUGUUUGGUGAUGGCACGGAAGAAAUAGCCAGUGAUGUGAAUGAACCCCAGGAAAAUCAUGCUGAGACCCCCACAGCACCAGCCGAAGAAGGGUUGAAUGUGGAAAUGUUGCCAGGGGCGCAUGGUGCUGACUAG